AUGGACCCGACAUUGAUGGCAUUUUUGAAAGGGAAUCUCACCCGACUGAUCAGGUCCCAGAUAAAUUUGUACACUGUGACACAGAGCAGUUACCAAACUUACGUGAACCAGCCACGAGUUGCACCUUAUACAAAUAUCGACCCCAAAACUGCGGAUCCUGGCAAAUUAGGAGGCUGGUACUUUCCUAGGGACACGUGUGCCAAGCUCUUCAUUCAAACACAGACAAAAUACUUGGAAGGAGAAGUGAAAGCUCUUGCGGUGGCUUUGAACAGUUUUCACCAUGAUCUUACCGCUUACAAGUUAGUUCUCGGCAAUGUGUCUAUGCUGGAGUAUCGUCGACUGUGUAACUCCAAAUCUGGCUGUCCCACCGACAACUACCAGUGUGGCACAAUCAAUGACGACAACAGCUUUUACUGCACCAGUCUUGGUGACGUCAUGAAAAGUGUGAACGAUUCCAUGUUUUUUCUUCGAAGAACGCUGUCCAACUUUAACACAGAAAUCGCCGGUAACCACUCCCUCGCACUUCAGGUGAAGUUUGUCAGACCACAAAAGCUAUCAGACUUUGUCACUUCAGUCUAUACUCAACUGGCACUAUAUAACCUUCAAGAAAUUACGGAAGAAUUUAAAGACUGCAUGUUAGCAUUUUUCCAUGUUUUUUCGGUCAACAACUCAGACAUUUCUCUAUUUUAA